AUGACACCUCGACUGCUCCACCUCCUCUUUUUCUCAACUCUCCUUGGCCUUUGCGCUGCGUCACUCAAGAUGGGAAAGCUGGGAAGAAGACAAGAAGAGCAGCCUCAGCACAAGCAGCCCAUUUCCCCACCACUUAGUGGGAGUGGAAAGGGUGAAGGUCCCAACACUGGUGAGGUCGUCGGAUACUCGUUGUUGGGUCUGUUUGGCGUUGCUCUUGUCAUUGGCAUCUUUGUUGGGCUUCGGCGAAGGAGAAGGGCGCGGGCGCGGGCUGAUGAGGAGUAUGAGAUGAGUAGAAGGAGGAGGAGAUAUUACCGGUAG